AUGAUCUGCCGAACGUGUUUGCGCCGGGCCUCCGGCUUCGCCAGCCCUGCCAUGGCCGUCACCAGACCCAUGAUUGGCGCCUCUUCGCGCGCCGCCUUCAGCACUUCUUUCAGCGUGCGAACUCCUCCUCCCGCCGCACCAGCAGCAGCAGCAACUUUCACACCAGCAACCACCGAGGCCGGCCUCGAACCAGUACCAGGAGCGCCUGCGGCAGAGGAACCCAAGCUAUCGAUCUCGUCUUGCCCGGCGGGCACCAAGCUUAACGGACUCAACUACUUCAAGAACAAGAGCGACCCCGUGGCGCUGGCAGAUGAGGAGUACCCGGAGUGGCUGUGGAGGUGCUUGGAGGUGCAGAAGAAGACGGAUGAUGCGGCUGGAGAGGAUCUUGGCGAUGAGUUUUCCAAAUCCAAGAAACAGCGUCGCCUAGCCAUGAAGCGCGCGCGCGCCCUCGAAGCCAGGCUCAUGGCCUCGGGCGACCUCGAGGCCCUGGUGCCCAAGAUCCCGCUACAGAAGCAGUCGGUCAACCUCCCCGGAGCCGUCAACGGCGGCGUGCAGGACGCGGUGCUGGCGGACGAGAAGCGGGAGGAGCUGCGCAAGGCGAUGCGCAAGGAGCGCAAGGCCAAGAUUAAGGAGACUAACUACCUUAAGGCCAUAGGAGGACAAGGGCCGAUGGAGAAGGAGGAGGAGGAUCAGGAAGAGGGAACAGAAGGGAGAAGAUGGAGGGAAAGGAAGUGGAAGAAAGAGAGGAGGAGGAGGGAAAGAAGGAGGGACAGCAAGAGCGGCUACAACGACAGCGACGGCAACGGCAGAAGCAGAGUUGGUGUGGUAGUGGGCUCUUGCGUGUACUAA